AUGUCAGAUAAAAGAACGGCCGAGGAAUCUCUGCAAGACACUACAAAGAAGGUUCACAUCGAACAGCCCUCCAAUGACUCGAAGCCAGUACAUGAUCAUGACCAUUUCGCCAAAGGUGUUACACCGAUCAAGAAAGAAUUUCUAGUUUCCACCGAUAAGCAGGUAGUAUAUGCCGACGAAGAAAGCUCACUGGACCGAUUAAACGGUUCAGAGAAGCCCCAAGCCAAGAAAUCAAAGAAGAAGCGAGGCCAAAAUAAGGAUAGAGAUUUGAAACAGACAAAAGAAGCUGUGAAACUCUGUCCUUCAUUGGUUGACCCUGAAACACCAAAAGAAUGUCGUUUCGGUGCAGACGCUUGUAGAUUUACCCAUAAUAUAGAGGAGUAUUUGAAUUCGAAACCACAAGACGUGCAAGGUGUUUGUCCCGUGUUUGCUGCCAUUGGAUACUGUCCCAAUGGAUUGAAAUGCCGGUGGUUAUCUUCUCAUUACAAGUCGGGAAAGCUUAUCAAAGAUGAAAUUUUGUGUGAUAAAGUUUCCAAGGUAGACUAUGAGGUCAAUCACAUUUCUCAAAACGCCAAAACGGACCUUUCUCGGAAGAAGUUUCAGUUUGAUACUGCCGAUAAAAUGAUCCUUUUUCUAGACUCCAAAGUUCAAGUCCAUGACAAGACAAAACAGGAACUGCAAAAAGAAAAUGCAAACAACUAUGUAGAGCCUCCGUUCAAGGUUUCAGAGAAGAAGAAGCUAAACGUAAAGAAUGCCAAAAUUGUGUCUCCAUUGACCACUGUUGGUAACUUGCCAUACCGUCGUUUGAUGAAGACUUUGGGAGCGGAUAUAACAUACUCAGAGAUGGCUUUAUCCCUACCUCUUAUUCAAGGAACUAAUUCAGAAUGGGCUCUUCCGAAGGCUCAUUCAUCAGAGUAUCCAGGGUUUGGUGUUCAAAUUGCAACUUCAAAACAUUGGACCGGUGCGAAGGCCGCAGAGGCAAUUGCCAAACUUACGCCACAGGUAUCAGAGAUCAACUUGAAUUGUGGGUGCCCAAUUGACUUACUUUAUAGACAGGGACAAGGGUCUGCUCUCAUGGAGCAACCACCCAAAUUAUUGAGAGUGCUUAAGGGAAUGAACUAUUGUAGUGGUGAAAUUCCGGUCACCUUCAAGUUGCGUAUUGGAACCAGAGACAACCACCCAUUGGCCGAAAACUUGGUCAAAAGGGUAUGCGAAGAAGGAGAUAUUGGAUGUGUUACUUUACACGGAAGAACUAGACAACAAAGAUACACCAAAGAAGCCGACUGGAGUUACAUAAGUAAAGUCGGUCAAGUUGUCAGGGACUACAAUCACAAUCAACUAGAUGAUAAAGAGCAAUCAGAUAGAGACCCUAUAUAUUUUGUGGGAAAUGGUGAUUGUUUCACUCAUGAAGACUGGCAUAAAGCCGUGAGCGAUCCAAACAUCGACAGUGUCAUGGUUGCUCGUGGUGCUCUAAUAAAACCAUGGAUUUUCGAAGAGAUCAAUUCUGAACAAUAUAUCGAUAAGUCUGCUACCGAAAGAUUGGCAUUGUUGGAGCAAUAUUCUAAAUUUGCACUCCAACAUUGGGGAUCAGAUGAUUAUGGUGUAAAUACCGCUCGAAGAUUCAUGUGUGAGUUCAUGUCUUUUACUCACAGAUAUGUUCCUGUGGGAAUUAUGGAGAGAUUACCUCCCAAAUUGAAUCAAAGACCUCCGACUUGGAAAGGUCGAAAUGAGUUGGAGACCCUGUUGGGAUCCCCAGAUUAUCGUGAUUGGAUUAAAAUCACAGAAAUGUUUUUGGGACCUACUACUGAGGGAUUCAGCUUCACUCCUAAACAUCGCAGUAACUCCUAUAAGAGUUAA